CCGCCGCCGCCGCCGCCGCCGCCGCCGCGCUGGGAGCCCCCACUCCCGAGUCGCAGUCCUCCUCGCUCGCUCGGUGCCUCCCCGCGGGCCGCUCUCCUGCCCUGACGAUGGCGCGUGGCGGCCGCGACCGCCUCCUGGGGCUCGCCCUGGGGCUGCUGCUGGCGCUGGCGCUGGCGCCCGGGGCGCUGCGGGCCAAGCCCACGGUGCGCAAGGAGCGCGUGGUGCGGCCCGACUCGGAGCUGGGCGAGCGGCCACCCGAGGACAACCAGAGCUUCCAGUACGACCACGAGGCCUUCCUGGGCAAAGAGGACUCCAAGACCUUCGACCAGCUCACCUCGGAGGAGAGCAAGGAGAGGCUGGGGAGGAUUGUUGAUCGAAUUGACAGUGAUGGGGACAGCUUUGUUACCACCGAGGAGCUGAAAACCUGGAUCAAGCGAGUGCAGAAAAGAUACAUCUACGAUAAUGUUGCCAAAGUCUGGAAGGAUUAUGAUCGGGACAAAGAUGAUAAAAUUUCCUGGGAAGAAUACAAACAAGCCACCUAUGGUUACUACCUAGGAAACCCCACAGAGUUUCAGGAUACUUCGGAUCAUCACACCUUUAAAAAGAUGCUGCCACGCGACGAGAGAAGGUUCAAGGCCGCAGACCUCAAUGGUGACCAGACAGCUACCCGGGAGGAGUUCACCGCCUUUCUGCACCCUGAGGAGUUUGAGCAUAUGAAGGAAAUUGUGGUUUUGGAAACCCUGGAGGACAUCGACAAGAAUGGGGAUGGGUUUGUGGAUCAAGACGAGUAUAUUGCGGAUAUGUUUUCCCAUGAGGAGAACGGCCCUGAGCCAGACUGGGUUUUGUCAGAACGGGAGCAAUUCAAUGAGUUCCGGGAUCUCAACAAGGAUGGGAAGUUGGACAAAGAUGAGAUUCGCCACUGGAUCCUCCCUCAAGACUACGACCAUGCUCAGGCCGAGGCCAGGCACCUGGUAUAUGAGUCAGACAAAAACAAGGAUGAAAAGCUAACUAAAGAGGAGAUACUGGAGAACUGGAACAUGUUUGUCGGAAGCCAGGCCACCAAUUACGGGGAAGAUCUCACAAAAAACCAUGAUGAACUCUGAUACCUCCUCCGCAUAAAGCAUACAGCAGACUGUCAUAGGCUCUCUUUCAUUGUCUUGGAUGGUUGCUACAGUUGUCUCGUCUACAGCAGUUGUGGGCCCCCCAAAAAGCAAGUUUCUAACCUCAGAUUGGGGUUAAAAUUGUCACUCCCUAUUCACAGGAAAAUAGUCAUCGCUCUUGUUUCAGGAAGACUUCUCUCCAAACACAUUAAAAUCUUGGUCAGUCGCGACACUCUACAGGGAUACUUGCUAAAACAAGAUUUUUUUUAGCUUUCUCCAUUAAACAUAAACGAAAGGGGAAGAAAAUAGGGAAGAGCCCUAUAUUCAGAAGUUGGGGGUCAGUGUAUGGAGCGACUGCUGUGUAUUUUAACUGCACAUUUUCUAGAUCUGCCACUGUUGAAUAGUUGGUGAGAGAAACGUCUGAUGAAGCUACAGUGGUAUCCUCCUAUGUAGGCUUAUUUCAGAGCACGUCUAAUACUCCAGAUUCUUCCUUCUUGACUUUAUACUCUGAGCUAUCACUGAUGGUAUAUAAAACCUCUGUGCAUUUUUCUGUAUGGACCUGCUAAUGUGCACAACAAAUCCGUAUCUUUGUGUUUUUUUGUUUUUACAGUAAGAAGCAAUCAAGAAAGAUAAUGUGAAAAAGAAAGGAACUUUAGAGAUAGGGAAGAAAGGAAUGUCAGGCAUUCAUUCGAAGACCUCUAGGAAAAUGAUAAACACUUUAUUAUACUUGAGAACAUUUUCUUGACAUGUAAAUGAGGUAGGUCUGAGAUUUGAAAAGUGAACAGGAAUACACUUCAUUUCCUCACUGAUCGCCGACAGGAAUGAGGAGGUGGGACCCUGGGGAGGCCGGCGUUGUGGAGUUCUCUGAAACCCACUCUGGCUGGUCCCGGGGAAGCUGUGACCCUGGGGACUGCUGCACCGGGGAAUUCGGACAAGGUGAUGUUACAAGCCAUUGGCUGAACUGGGAGAAACAUCUCUUACAGGCUGAAAUUUCACCUUAAAUAGUGAACAAAAUAAAGGAUCCCACUGAGGAUUU